AGUCCGCAACGAAUAUGAUAAUUUUAGCGGAUUUCUCUAGGUAUUAAUAAUUUAAUUUCAAAAUUAUCUUAUCAAGUGAUAAAUAAUGCUUUUGCUUAUGUGAAAUUGCAAGUGUAUAGUUUAUAAACGAUUAUUGUGUGGCACUUUAUUCUUUGAGAAUGGAGGCCAACAGUGUUGUUCUAUGUGACAAUCUAAUCAAAUGGUUGCAGACUUUGAAUCUGAAUGCCAAACAUGGAAAUCCAACAGAGUUAUCAGAUGGUGUGGCAAUAGCAGAGGCGCUUACUCAAAUUGCACCCGAAUAUUUCUCAACUAAAUGGAAUUCAAAAAUUAAAACUGAUGUUGGUCAUAAUUGGAGACUGAAGGUUAGCAAUUUGAAGAAAAUAUUGGAAGGUGUUGUUGAUUACCAUCAAGAUAUCUUAAACCUAAGCCUACAGGAAUUUUCUAGGCCAGAUGUAGUAAACAUUGCCGAACAUGCUGAUCCAACAGAUUUGGGAAGACUAUUGCAACUAGUUCUCAGUUGUGCAGUCAACUGUAUUGAGAAAGAGGAAUACAUCACGCGAAUCAUGAAGUUGGAGUUUGCGUGCCAGCGGUCUAUAAUGCAAGCAAUACAAGAAUUGGAGAAUAUAACAUUGGGAACAAAUCGGAAUAGCGUACAUUCGGAGACAACGAAUGCAGAUCAAACGGAUGCUGAUAUGAGAGAAGCACUCGCACAAAGGUGCCAUGAACUCGAUACACAGGUGAAAAUUCUCCAAGAAGAGAAAAUGACGUUGCUAAGCGAAGUCAGCAGGCUGACUGCCGCAAGGGAGGCGGAAGGGUGUGACGCGAACGAUGCUAGGGAUCUGGAUGAAGCUGGUGCUUCUUUAGGCCCCGCGCACGCAGGCACGUUGCGCUACAGCAAAAUGCGUGCGCAAUUGGACGCGCUCAAGGAUGAACUAGAUAAGGUGGAGCUGCAGAGGGAUGAUCAGAGAGCGAGGGCAGACACUCUGGAGAGAGAGCUAGCUGUAACUAAGCUGAAGAACGAAGAGUUGCAGAUAGCGGCAUCAGAAAACGUGGCUCUAAAGGAUGAGUUGGACGCGCUACGAGAGACUGCUGCCAAAGCAGCCGCUCUUGAGGCCACCGUCGCUUCCUACAAGAAGAGAAUGGAAGAGCACGUCGAUUUGAGGCGACAGGUGAAACUAUUGGAGCGUGCCAACACGGAGCACGUGCAGCGCGCAAUCGAACACGAGCAAGCGGCCACGCGAGCGCACGCGCUCCGUGCUCAGCUGGACAUAUACAAGAAACAGGUAACAGACUUAAACGAGAAAUUGGACGCAGAGAUAACGAAGGCGGACAAGUUGGAGAUUGAGAACAAAAAGCUGAGCAGUAGUGCGGCGUCUUUGCAGCGCGAGCGCGAUACGUUGCUGCAUGAACGGGAGACAUUGCGGGAGACCGUCGACGAGCUUCGCUACUCUACUAUCACUACUGGCGCUAGUGAAGAUAACGUAUCGCGAGAGCUAACGCGGAACGAUUGUAAAGAACGUCUAAUAAGAUUGGAGCACGAGAACAAGUUAUUGCGGCAGAACCAGGGUGCGCAAGCCGACCAGGCGUCUGUACAGGCGAUGCUAGAGGAAUAUGCUUCGCGGCUGGAGACACAACGCGCGAAGAACAGAGAAGCGGCCGCGAGGAUAAUGCAGCUCGAAGCAUCGCUCGAGGCGCCGAACCCGAGGCUCACGUCCGCAAUCGAGGACAGUCAGAGGAAAUCGCUCCAAGUUGAGGAGUUACAAGCCACGUUAGCAGAAGAGAGAAGGCGUGUCAGCAAACUCCAAGAAACUCUCUCAGCGAGAGAAGCAGAGGUGUUGGCUACGGAAGAUAAGUACAAGAAAUGCGUUGAGAAAGCCAAGGAAGUGAUCAAGACCCUCGAUCCCAGGACAACUGGUCAACAGUCCAUGUCCGACACAACGUUGGGCUACUCGCGCAAUGCGGGCGCGGCCAGUGCGUCAAGAGCUGAAGCGGCGCCUACGAACAAUAACAGGCACGAGUGGAGUGGUAGCGGCAGUGGCAGUGGCAGCGAGGAAAGCGUACGCAGCGCGAAUGAGCAACGCCUGCUUGUCUCGGCAUGGUACCAGCUCGGGGCGAAGUGUCACCGAGACGCUGUCGAGUCGAGGUUCGCCAUACUGUCGGCAGGGCACUCGUUCCUUGCAAGGCAGAGGCGACAGGCGACGAGACCGAGGCCAGUUCCAAUGUCUCCCGCGGCGGCACCCUCCCAAUGACCGCCGACCCCAGGACGCCAGUUCCGCGUCUUCUACGAGAAUAUCUCCCACACAGUCGCUAUGGACGUUGAAAAAUUCUAAAUUUGUUUAAACAUAUAGCUUCGUGUUCUCGAGAAGGAAACUUGUUAACAUCGGAUUUUAUGGCCCUAAUUCUUUGACAUAUACUUUGUGACAUACAUCAAUAGCCUCUAGCUAAAAGCUCUCUCAAGGCAAACUGCUGCACUCUCUCCAUUAUAUUCCCUUGGUCGCCUCUUACGACACCAGUUGAAAGUGGGAUAGUGGCAACUGUAUUCUGAUCUGUCGUCACCACAUGGCACAUGUUUGACAUCAACUAAAAUGUAAAUAUUGUUACGUUCAAAACAUGUACGUUUACACACGCCACCAAGGACACAAAAAAAAUCGGCCAAGUGCGAGUCGGAUUGCCUUUAAUAUUUAGUUUAUUUUGUAUUUUUUGUUAUAGCGGCAACAGAAAAUAUUAUCUGUGAAAAUUUCUACUGUCUCACGAUCACGAUUCAUGAGUGUUACAGCGUUGUGACAGACGGUCUUAGACUUUAAAUAACCGUCCAGUGUGUAUUACAACUUCUAUGUCAUAGCAAAUUAGGGUCAUGAAAAAUAGGCGCGUAUACAUGUUUUUUGAACGCGUGGUUAACGUGAAUUUAGUACUCGGACUAAACAAGGGAUAAAGCACUAAAAAUAUAGAACUGCUCAGUGAAAUGGACCUAGUUUAAGCGUAUGUCGAAUUUAGCGAACAGGAAUAAAGAUGGGUUGUUUAGCCAUGGUAAAAAAAAGGUUGACGUAACCUUAAGUGAUAAGAAUUUCUGUCCAUUUAAGAAUUCCGCGUUGUGUGCAACUCACCAAACAUGAACAUGUAAUUAAGACCGAGCUGAAGUCGACGGUCAACUACUUUGUAGCUAUCUAUAAUCUGUGCCAAAUGGAUUGCGUUGUCUUUACAGUCAAAACUCUAUGGGUACCACAGAUUGAUAAAUAAACAAAGUGCGUUAUGGUGUUACCCAUAGUUGUAAUUAACAACUAUUUCAGUCUUAUUUUUUACAUGAAUUUAUAAUUUUUUAAGUUUAGUGUCUGCUUUUUUCUAGUGUUUAAUGUACCUUUGUCUCAAUCCAUUUUACACGGACUAUAGCUUCUACUAGUGCAAAAGCACACACCAUUUUAAUAUCAGUGAUAUUGCGUUUUGUUGAUCUGCUGUAUGGUAAAUAUGAUUUUUACACUAUAUAAUGUUUCGUACUUGAUGUGCGUUCAAAGAACCAGCGCACAGAAGAACCAGCAGCGAUUUUUGUGAUCGGCCAGAGACCACUAAUGAUGCCAGCGGCUUAUUAGAUACUGUGGCAUGCCGGCAGCUACCAAUAAGUCGAAUGUCAUGCCAAAAGCCGCAUGCCAGAGCUGGAAGGGCAAGAUUUAAGUGUGCACCCUAUUGGCACUGACUCAUUCCGCAAUCGGAGAUAAACGAACCUCAGUGCAUGACAGUAUGGACUGAUAUUAAUAACGGCAUGCCUUGGUGUCCCUCAGCAUGCUGUUACCUUCCGUUGCGUCUCUUCGGAUGGCAUCACACUUACCGAGCGUGCCGCGAGAAAAUUCUCCACUGAUGCCUUGAGCUCGAUCUCUAAACAUUGGAAUCUGUAUCUCGUUACCACUAGUUGGAAUUUACAUUGGGUAAUGAUAAAAUGCUUAGCCGUACCAAGUGUGAGCUGUUUUUGUGUAGUAGUUGUUUAACCAGAGUAUUUUCGCUGGUUAAGUAUCUUUAAAACUGCAUAAUUUAGCCUCCUUCGUGCCCUGAACGGCUAGCAUAGACAAGAAAUUUUAUUCCCCAAACUAUAGCCACUCACAAGGUAUAAGGUACCACCUGGUGAGAUUGCGGUCAAGGGCUAACUUGUAGUGGAAUUUUAAAAACAGAAAAAAAAGUUCUUUCCCCAUUGGGAAAGUGUGUCCUGCACACGCUUGCCGUGGUCUAGAACUUUAAGUCGUUCCGGUCACUAUCACAACACCGAUAAAAUUUGUUACGAGAUGUUACUUUACGUUUUUUAACUAGGCCUAGCGAACUUAUAUUUGACCCUCUGGCCUAUGCCCAACUCUGGGGCAUGAACAAGAUAAUUGUAAUCGACUAUUUUGAAUAUCACAUCUAAAACCUCUAUAUAUUAUAAGUAUUUAUGUAUAUUAUUCAUAAAAAUUAUUCAUCAGUUAUCUUAGUACCCAUAACACAAGCUACGCUUACUUUGGGACUAGAUGGCGAUGUGUGUAUUGUCGUAGUAUAUUUAUUUAUUUAUAAAACCUAAUAUAAAUGGUUGUUUGCAUUUUUUCGUUGGUUAGAGAAAACGUUGAAAAAAGGCUCAACUGAACAACUCAUUAAGUAAAAGAUCAAAAAUAUUAAUUUAAAUCUUUUUAUAUCGUUGACCGAAUCCGACCGAAUAAUCUUUAAUAUACCCCAUACAGAGGCGAAAGCGGUAGCGGACACUGGCUGGUGCCAGUCACGUUGGUUCAAACUAGCGCUGUGGCGGUUUCUUUUUGCGAGGUGGCCAGUGGCUGAUGUAGUUUUUACUCUAACCAUUAUCACCAUUUUAUAUUAUAUUCGCGGGCAUUACCUAAUGCCCGCGUGAGUGUUUUCAAUCCUUUGUUUGAGGUUUCCAUGCAUGUUGAUAUUCUCCGUACGUAGACUGCCACAUAUCACUUGUUUGCGACAAUAAUUACACAUCCCAAAAUUUUAAAUUUUAGAGGCGUUAAAUUUUCUCCAUUUUCCUCAUUAUGAUAUGAUUUUUUCUGUUUAGGGUUAAAAAAUAAAAAAAAACGCUUUUUUAAAUUAUGUCAUCCUUAUCGCAAAUGAGCGAUUUGUUACCGAUCGCCACCGCUGCCGCCUCAGAUUGGGCUACUCUUAAAUGUUUGUAAUUAAUCGCCUAAUUAUAUUAACUACUAAAUGUGUAAAUCGCCUUGAGAAAUACUAUAAAAUAUACAAACAAAAUAUUAUUACAAUAUUAUAACAAUUUGUUUUUAUUACUAUUGUAUUGUAUUAUAUUUUGCUCAUUUUAAAAGACGUUAAGUUAUAAGCUAAUGUGUCUUAAUUUACAUUUUAUACAAUUUAGUGCGUGUUUACUAAUCGACCAGACUUUCAAAUAAAUAACGGGGUGACAAAACGCGUACUUUGGUUAUUUUGUUCACCCCAACUACAUAACAUUGUGUAACGUUAAUUUGGAUCACCAACCCGCAUUGGAGCGGUAUGGUGGAUCUAAACUCGUAAUCCCUCUCCUAUAAACUAUAUGAAUAAUCUCAUAGCAGAUAUUCUCCUAUGAAAUAAUUCGGCGUAGUACUCGUAGAAAGUAUCAACUCUGAUGUCACAUUUUAUUUAUAUAUUUUGGUGCAUUUUUAUUAUAUUAUGUUAUAAAUAUCGAGUCUUUACCGUCCACUUACGUAAUCUACAAAUCACAAUUUUACAAAAUAUGGUUUAUAUGUAUAGGUAUUUGUUAAAAAAUAACGAGUCAGUUACGCUAAGUCGGCGGUAAUGGCUCGAUGUUAUUUGUAAGUUUAAACGCUUUGAAAGUGAAAUAAAGUAUAAAUAAGGUUGAACACACUUCAACCUUAAUGUUCGAAGUUAUAUUAUAGCAAUAAUGUAGAGUAUAGAUAUAAUACUGACCCAUUACCAAACAUUAAUGAACAAAAUGGUAAUUAUAAAAAAAAAGUACUCCAU